AUGCGGUUCACGAAUCAUGGGAAAUCAAAACAAUAUGCAAGAGCAAACACUCUUGGACUGUCGCAACAUGAAGUCGAGUCCAGCUCUACGAUAACCCCGCUUCUUGCUCGAGUUUCCAACGAUAAGGUCCACGCGACCGAAGUAAACAAGACCGGGGCGCUCCUACUUGCAGCAAAAUCAACAUACCAGUCCGCAUUCCACAUUCCACAAUACCCUAAUUCCACCACAAUUAUGCCUUCAACCGAGAGAAAUAGCUCGCGGGAUAGCGAAAGAUAUCUAAAACACCAUCAUUCUGCAUCGUUGGACACCAGUCGAGCCAUUGUUCCUAUGUGGGAUAGCUCUGACCCUGAACGAGCACCUCCUCCUCUUCCUAUGAACCCUUCUUCGCCAAGCUUAGCUUCACGACCGAAUACCUCUACUGCAAUCAAGAACGCUCAUGCAGCCCUCACCGAAAAGGCACGGGAAAGCGCUUAUAUUACAAAUCCUCCACCCAAACGUCUCGAGGGAUCUCCAGAACGCUCUCUGAUUAGGGGAGCGGCGCAUAAACGUAUGCAAUCAUUACACGCUGGCACUAAUGUUAGAGAUCUGAGCAGUUUCCUAGAGGGAGGAUCGACGUAUGGAUCAUCCCCCAUAUCACCAGAAAAGCACACACGACCCUCGACACCACUCGGAACUAAGGAUUAUUUCACAGAAGGACCGCUGUCGCUAGAGAGAUCACCAGAAAAGUCGCCGGAGAAGUCGCCAGAGAAGGAGAGUGGUAGAUCAACGACGCCAACGCCAGGUCGAGAGACACCGACUAGAGAGAACCUCGCGGUUCGUCCGUCGUUGCGGAGGCCUCCUCAAAGUAUAUUAGGCGAGAACACUCCACCUCAAUCCGCGACUAUGCUUGCCCUACAGAGUAUGGCUAGCAAGGACGCAGAUUCGGUUCUCACAAACGUUACGAAUGGAUCUACGGCGCUGGUUCGCACUCCACAAACUUUUGACGCGAUCUCGAAUCAGAUUCUUAGCCUCACCAGUAUCGCCACAAGCUUGCAAAGGGAAAUGGCUCAGCUCAGUCGGCGCAGCAAAGAUAACGCGACUGACUUGGUUAGUUUGAAAGAAGCUACCAACGCCAGGGAUGAAGAUAUCCGAAAAAGUCUCCGUGAACUUGUCAGCAAUCUCUCAGAAUCAGGCUCAAGGACUUCUGGUUUGAUGUAUCCAAAUGGGGGUCUGUAUUUAGACUCUAAAGCAUAUAACUCACCAGGUUCCAAAUACAUCAAACCGAUAUCUUUGCCACGGAUUCCAAGCCCCAACAGCUUUGCGGCGUCCUUGGAUCGGGAAUCCAUCGCUAGUCCUUGCCCAUUCGGACCAGAUGGAGCUGCAAGUAUUGCCCUCUUAGAAAAGAUACUCCGCGAGAUGGGAACCAAAGACGGUCAAGAUAAUCUAGUAUCCAGGUUGACUGAGGUCGGAGAUAGAAUGUCAAAAGACGGCAUGUUGACAGCGAAAAAGCUUGACGAGGUUCUACAGUUUGUAAAGCGCAAAACGCCCCAGGCAGUGAUCCAACAGAAUUUGGGAGUAACUGGAGGGGUUAGACCGCGGAAUUUUAGCUUUGAUGAACCGCCUACCUUAGAGCUAGACUUCGAUCAACCACGGUCUGGACCAAUGACAUCUAGAGUGGAAGCACUUCUCUCACAGAGUGGAAACAAGGAGAAUCUACGAGGACCGAACACACAACGAGCUUCUGAUAUCGUCAACGAGGAUCUCAUGAAAGUCAUUCGAACAAUUAAAGAUAGCAUUGCUCAGGGAGGUGGUCUUACCGCAGAAGUAAAAGCCCUGGUUCGUGAGCUCCGAGGUGAGGUUUUGGGAAUGGGUCGUGAGAUUGGAAGAAAAUUAGAGCAAUCGAGCAAACUUGAUACGACAGCGCAGGAUGUUGUGGCGGACAAAGAGCAAAUCGCUCGUGUGGUCCAAGACGGUCUCGACGAACUGAAGGAUCACCUGGAACAUAUAAUGCGAGAAAACCGUCGACAAUCGGAUUCUUCAAUGGUAACGCGAAACGCUGUUGACUACCAAGAAAUUUACAACGCCAUGCGAGCUGCCAUGAAUGAAAACCCACGAGAGUCGCGACCUCCGGAUUUUGGCAAGGAUGAAAUAAUCGAGGCCGUUCGAGAAGCCUGGGAAAAUUAUAAGCCAGAUAUUGAACUACAGCAUUUUGGACUUGAACGAGACGAACUACUGGCAUGUUUGAAGGAAGGAAUGCAGGAAUACGCUACCCAGGAUACCUCCCGUGAGAUCCCAGGUGCUACGCGAGAAGAAGUGUUCACCGCUGUCGUUGAAGGCCUAAAGCAUUUCUCACCUCCGCGGGUCGAAACAGAAGCAAGCUUAUCCCGCGAGGAAAUCCUUGAUGCUGUUAGGGAGUGCCUUGAAGAAUUCGAAUUUCCGGCUGCACCUGCACCAGCGCCAAGAGAUCUUGAAAGCACACGGGAAGACAUGCUGGACGCUGUCAAGGAAGGCCUUCAAACUUUCGAUUUCACGACAACUACAGGCGUACUCGGACGUGAUGUUACUGAUGGACUCACCCGCGAGGACAUGAUAGAAGCUGUUAAAGAAGGUCUGCACACUUUUGACUUUUCCUCAACCACCACGACAGUGGUCCAGAAUCCUCCACCAGGUGUGAGUCGAGAAGACAUCUUGGAUGCUGCCACGGAGGCUCUUCAUACCUUCGACUUCCCCGCCAGCGCCGCUGCAUCUCGUGACAUUGAUGCAGGAGUUACUAGAGACGAAGUUUUGGAUGCUGUGAAGGAAGGAUUGCAUAGUUUUGAUUUUGCACAAAAUACACCGAGCCGUGACGACAUCUUAGACGCCGUGCGAGAAGGUCUUGAUACUUUCGAGUUCCCUGCCAAGACAUCCACCCGCGAAGAUGUUUUAGAUGCUGUCAAAGAAGGCCUCUUGAUCUUCGACUUCCCAACCAAUGAAUCUAACAUCGGCCGACAAGAAAUUCUUGACGCUAUCAAGGAAGGCCUUAACACUUCUGACUUCGGAACUAACUCGAUGGCACUGAGUCGAAACGUCGUCACCGAGUCUUUGAACCGCGAAGAUGUGUACGAUGCAGUCAAAGCUGGUCUGCGAGAAGUGCCACUCAACAUCGAUCCAUUUGGAACGCAGGUAUUGGAACGCUUACAAGAAGUCCUGGAGUCUAUGCAGACCGAAUUCAAAGCAGUUUCUGACGAAGCGAAGCAAAAUGUGUCGGCCCACGGCCGUGACACAGAACAAGUCCUUGAUGCAACCAAAGACGGAUUUGAGAAACUACGAACCGAUAUUGAGUCGUAUGUAGACCGAGGCGCUGACGUAACAGGCAAAGAGGAGAUUUUGGACAGUAUCAGUGAAAAUUUUAACUCUCUUCGCACCGACUUUCAAGCACUGCUGGUACAGAAGUCCGACACAUCCAUGGAAGCUAUUCAAGGCGAACUGGAGCACCUUCGUGAGACGAUGGCUUCUUCGUUAGUCCGUGGAGGAAGCAACAUUGAUAGAGACGAAAUUUUAGAUGCUCUCCGCGACGGACUAGAAGGCCUACGAGCAGACAUGGAUAGACCCCGUGACACUAGCAACGAAAGUGUACUUUCUAGCACUAGUGAGAUUCUGGAUGCCCUUCACGAUGGACUCAGCGGCUUGCGUGCAGAAGUCGAAAAGGUCCACAAUAAGCCCGUUGAUAUGACUGUCAAUUACGAGAUCUUGGAUACUCUAAAGGCUGGUCUGGAAGGUGUACGAGGCGAUAUUGAUCGACUUCGCGAAAGUGGAUUCGGUGAUAAUGCCGUAGCUGAAGUAAACAAUCACGCUCUCAUCGCCUCAGAGGGAGGACUUAAGCGAGAUGACAUUGAAAACUUAGAGGUGCUGAUCACGCAGCUGCGAAUCAAGGUCGAAGCUCUGGAGUCAAUGCCGCCCGCCCCUGCUGAACCCGCCGCAGGCUCGCUCUCUAAAGAGGAUCUUACCAACCUAGAAGAAAAGUUGGCCGGUCUACAGGAGUCAGUCUUAGAAUUGAUGAACCGCGAGCCAAUGCAAGACGAGACGACCAUGAAGCGAGACGAUAUGGAAGCAAUCGAAACUCUUCUUCGGAAUACCAAAGCCAAAAUUGAUGACAUAGAUCCUGAGCAAACGGUCAAAAAGGAACAUCUUGACGCGGUUGAGGUACUUCUUUUCGAGACCAAAGAAAGCAUUGGCGAGUUGAAGAUUCACUUAGAAGAUGUCACCAAGCAGGAUGAUAUCAGCAUGGUGGAGGGCUUGCUGCGCGGUGUUGUUGAAGGACUCGAUGAAAUGAAAGAAAAACUGGCUGCCGAUGUAGAUGAUUUAGAAAAGAUCACCAAAACGGAUAUAGACGCUGUCGAAGCAGUCUGUCUCGAUGUUAAGGCUGCAAUCGAAGAAAGACUUCUGCCUGAUGUAGGCGAUCUCGCAUCCAAAGGCGAUCUAAAACUUCUUGGGGAUAUGAUUAAGGAGUUCAACGGUCGCAUAGAAACUCACGCAGACUCGAACGCAAAGUCAUUCGAGGAAAGACAGGCGGAGACCGUUGGAGUUGGAGAGCGUGUCUCGGAAGUCAAAGCCUUCUUGGAAGAAUUCAGAGAAGCUAUCAAAGAAAAGAUGGAUGAGGAUGCGAAUAGUGUCGAGACACUAGGAAAGUUCCUCGAAAGUCUUGGAGAAACAAUAGGUCAAAACGCAAAUGUCACUGAAGAUGUGAAGGAUCUCUGCGAAAUGGUCAAGACUGAGUUCGAGAAAUCUAAUGCCGGCGUUGUUGGCUCCAAACUUGAAGCGGAUGAAAAGUUUCAGUUGACUUGGGAUAAAUUCGACACCAAGCUGGAAGAAAAGUUUACCGAAUUGAUCGCCAAAUACGAAAACGCAGAGCUUGCGGCAGACGCUAAAGCAAAGGCGGGUGAUGAGAAGAACGCUGAAAUCCAGGCUGCCAUGCUUGGUACCAAGGCAGUUGCAGAUGAUCUCAAGCUGUUAGUUGACACUUUGGGCGUUACUUUGACAGACUCCGUUGAGAAAAUGGAUGAAGCUUCCAAGACCGUAUUCGGGAGAGUCGAGGAUACGUUCACAAGGAUCGAAGAGACACACGCAGACGCUAAGGCUGAGCAUCAACUCACCAGAGAGCAGGUGUUCAAGUCGAUCGGUGCCAUUGAAGGUGUUCAAGGCCAUGUCACAGAAUACCACCCGAAGAUUCUCGAUUCCAUCAAAGAUGUUCUCCUCAUUGUCGGUGAACAUUAUGAACAUUCCAAGACAUCUGCGUCGACCCUUCAGGAGAAGAUUGCAGAAAUCCCUCCACCGCCUCCUCCCUUCGAAAUGCCACUUUUACCGCCGCCUGUCGAAAAGUAUGACGAUACACCAGUACACGAGAAACUUGACAAACUGGUUGAUCAUAUGCAUGUCGCUGGGAAAUCAUUUGCUCAAUUGGAGAUGCUCGACAAGAUCCACCAGCAAGUCAUGCAAACAGCUGCCGAAGUUUCUGAGUUUGUUUCGGUUCAGACUCAACGUAUCGCCAAUGAUCACGAAGAUAAGGAGAAGGCCGUCGAGGCUGCAACCAUUGCUCUUGAAAAACAGCUUGCGCAAAAGGAGCAGGUCGAGGCUUCCGUCGUUGACCUCCGCGAAGAACAGAAACAAUUGAAAGAAACCGUCGGUAUUCUCAAGACAGAACAAAGCAAUCUGGCUCACGAGAAGAUGCGAUUGUCUGCGGACGUGUCUAGCCUUGAGACAGCUUUAAAAAUUCGGCGCGAGGAACUUCACGCCAUGGAGGCACGCGCAGAGGCUCUGGAACGCCGCAUCUUGGAGGGUGUAAUUGACCAUUCUCGUGCUCUCUUGCUCACAAAAAGUAAUAAGGGUAGAGAUUCGAUGAGUCGGAAGCGCGUGCCCAGCCACGCUACUUCAACGACUGGAUCAAUGGCAUCCACUGGAACUCGCGCUAGUUCCAGGUCCUCGUACGCGAGUAACACAACUCAGAGCGCUCUAAGCAUGGCCAUGCAGGGAAACCGUGCUCUGGCAACUGUACCGAUCAAAAACCCAGCUGGUGGUGCUCGUCGUAUACUUUCUCUCAAUCAAAUGUCGCACAACGUUCCAACCGGUGGCAUCCAGCGAAGCCAUAGCGUGAAACAGCCAGGAGGCUCCGGAGCUCUACGAAAAUCAAGUUGGGGUGGCACUCUCAGUCAGAAGUAUGGAGAUCUCAACAAAGAGAAUUUGGCUUUGAAAGAGAGCGAGGAGGACGAUGUCAGCGAAAGCGAGCACCAAAGUGAUGUUGAAUGCGAUCGGAGGACUAGUCAAGGCACAACAAUCUUGACAAGCACAGGUACCGGAAUCAGCGAAAGUGUCAUCGAUGAAGGAACAGAAUGGACAGGUAGCAUAGAUGGUGAUACGGAGAGCCAUGUCACAGAUGAGACGGCUUCAGAAGACCCCGCUCAAGUGAUAUUAUAUGAUGAAGCUGCUGUCGUUGCUUGA